GAAAUCAUACGAAUUCGAAAACGAGGAUCGAUUAAAAAAUAAUUUUACCAAUUCGAUUACCGGAGCAGGCCGGUUUGACUGGGAGAACGAAACAAAAUAUAAAUGGAAAGAAGCCUGAUUUGACGGGAAAAGAGCUAGUCUUGCAGCAGUGAUCUAGACGGUCGAGGAACUGUGUGCCCAUUUACCAAUAAAAUAACUGUUUGCAUCGCAAUUCGCUUCUACAAAAUGUCAAAUAAAGUGGAUAAACUGCACAAACAGGCUUUACGGGAUCAACAAAAGCGAAUUAAACCUGGAGAGUGCAUGAAAUAUGUACGGGUUGUGAUAGAUACCGGGUUUCUGGGCAUUUCCGUGGGUCAGGAGCUCCUUCAGCUGCUGAAUUCCUCCACCUUGAAGUAUGAAAUUCGAAGCUUACCUGUCAGUCACUGCAUAUUUUGGGAACGUAAUGUAGGACAGCAGGUAAUUGCUCUGGGAACAAGUCCCACUGGACUAGAUGAAGCGUGGAAAAAAGAGGAUCAAGUGGUCCAGUGGAUUUCUGAAUCCACUUUCCACAAGGCUGCCAAGGAUCAAAGCUUAGUGUGUAUUGGACCCAGGUUACAGGACUUGUUCCCCAAUUGCCAUUAUACGAUAGCACUGCCCAAGCUUCGUCACAAUAAAAACAGCAGUACCAGCCAGGAUGCUUUGAUAGAAAUGCAGCUGCUCCAGGAGCUCCAUGUUGAGCAGCUGGGCCAACCCGAAAGCCAGGAACUGUUGGCCCUUAUCCAGCGGUACACGAAAGCUAUAGCGGAAGCUCCCUACAAGAAGCAGCGCAACGAAACUCUGGGAUGCUUCAAAAAGUACGUGGCCAACGAUAAGAAGCAGUGCGUCCGCGUGGAUCAAGGCAAUGGGUAUGGCCGCCUCUGGCAACAGCAUUUAAAUCGGCUGCCACAAGUCACCCUCGAGGUGGCUGAGUCAAUUAUAGCCCAAUAUCCCUGCCCCAAGAAGCUCCUAGAUCACUUUUCAAAUGAUCCCGCAGCCAUACAGACGUUGGCCGACCUGAAGAUCAAACGCUGUAAUGGACCCCAGCCCUUGCACACCGAAAGGCGCAUAGGAAACGUUUUAAGUAACAAACUACACACUCUGUACAAUGCCAGGGAUCCAAACACUUUGAUAUAAAUCUCUAGCGCAACCCCAGUUAUCAAACAAAACACCAGCUUAGCUUAAGGACCUCCUUAUAUUUAUAAUGUUCCAAUAUUAUGUACAAUUAGUUUUAAGGUUAGGAUAGAAGCUAAGUAUUUAACAUUAUUUCUCUCUUCGUAUUAAGGUAUAUAUAUAAAAAAAUCACAAUAUCCUUACACA